UAGUGCCACUAUUCAACAAAAUUUUCACGGCAAAUAAAGAAAAACCAAUUCCGGUAUCAAAUGCUUUUAGAGCGGCAUUUGAGUUCUGCAGGCUGCUAACCGAUGCCGGCUGUUUUCUUACGAUCUGAAAAUAUCUUCGGUUUUUAAGACCUCAUUAACUCUGCCGGCUAAGUACACCCAUUUUUGUAACCGAAAGUUCAGUACAGCCACCACCAAGCUAUCAGUCCAUCUGGGAAAAUCCUUGGAUUACGCUACACAAGUUAAAAGUUCGGCUUGCGUUACAUUGGUCAUCGAGUAGCAGCACGCGAGGCCGCCCACCAAUUGCGCCUUACAGUUCAAAAAUCAAAAACGCACGAAAAGUAUUUGGAUCAUGAGCCGAAAUCUCCCUGUUGCAGCCAGCAGCGACGACGUCGACAACAGCUACGAUAAGGAGCAUAGUACAACCACCGAUCGACCGGCUUCACACACAUACGUACGGGACAUUGACGACGACGGUGUCGAUAGACCGGCAGUUGCGGCAACAGCCCGAGAACACAACAUUCCCAUUCGCUUAACACACCAACCUGCUACGGGACCGGCACCGAUUCCAUUAGCCAGUCGAUACCCCAGUAAUUUUAUUCCAUCAACAGUCACUGCAGCUCCAUCUGAAAAGGUGCCCUUUUUAACCAGUCAAGACCGCAGCAACGCUCCUCUUUAUCAGACUAGCCCGAGCGAUCCCGGUAGGCUUGCGCUAAUUAGGACACCGGAUAUGUCGAAGGAAUUGGAACCAGUCAGUGUCACCUGGCAAGGUAAACUUGCCAGGGCUACACGGAUUCGCAAUGUGUUUGCGCGGGACUUCUUAGCCGAAUUCCUGGGGAGUUUCAUUCUCAUCGUGUUCGGCAACGGCGCCGUCGCUCAAUCCGUUCUCAGCCGUAAAGACGGUGGAGAUUUCUUCUCCAUUAACGUGGCAUACGGUCUGGCUGUUGGUUUUGGUGUUUACGUCGCGGGGGGAGUUUCAGGUGGUCAUCUUAACCCCGCUGUGUCCCUUGCCUUCGCCUUGAAAGGCGCACUGAAAUGGGUAAAAGUCCCGAUUUACUGGCUGGCGCAAUACCUUGGAUGUUUUGUGGGUUCCGCUGUUAUCUACGUAAUCUAUAUCGACGCUAUGAAUGAUUUUGAUAAAGGAACUCGGUAUACCACUGGAGAGAAUGCUACUGCUGGCAUCUUUUCUUCCUAUCCGAAAGGAUAUCUUGACUGGCGUGGCGGUUUAGUGGAUCAGAUCUUUGCCACAAGUUUCCUAAUGCUCGGUAUUCUUGCGCUGACUGAUGAACGGAACAUGGCUCCGCACAAGGGCGUUGUUCCCAUCUUGGUUGGCUUACUGGUCACCGUCAUUGGGCUGAGCUACGGAUACAACUGUGGUUAUCCCAUUAAUCCCGCUCGUGAUCUCGGCCCUCGCAUUUUUACAGCAAUGGCGGGAUGGGGAACUGACCCGUUCAGCUUCAAAGACCACAACUGGUUUUGGGUCCCGGUAAUUGGUCCGCAUCUGGGUGCCAUCUUAGGCCUGGGACUGUACCAAAUCUGCAUUGGAAACCAGUGGCCAAUUCUCCAGCGCACCGGCAUUGAACUACAGGUUGUUCGCAAAGCUGACGAGUACGAACUGGUUAAAGCCAGCCAUGUGACCCCGCACGACGCAACGGUUCCCGUUUCCUUCCGUACGGACGAUGAACAGACCCAGCGUCUUCUGACAGUGCGAUAACGGAAACCGAAAUACUUUGACAAUUCAACAAAUGGCGCUAAAUUACAGAUCUUAACACACUAGGCAUCUCCAAUCCAAUUGGAUGCACUACUCCUUUCGUGAAAGUACUCAAAUGUUGUUUAGACCAAUCUAUGCCCGAAUUUUUACGUCUAACCGGCACCUUUUUGUCGCAUUUUUAACUUUUUAUGCAUUUUUGUUUUUCUGGGUUCUUUGUAUCGUAGUGAAAAUUCUAUUUCUGUAGCGAGGAUAUGCAAUAUUCAAAUUUAUUAUAGGUUUCAUUUUUAUUAACAAGUAAGCAGCAUGCCAUGCGAUUAGGUAUUACGUUAGAUGCUACGGUAGAUGCCUUUGAAUGCCACCCGGUUGUAUUAGUGCAUGUCAUGUGGAGGAAGUUCUCGUUAUUGGUUAUACCCGCAAAGUUAUCAUUUGCGGUUGACGAAUUGCUGCCUUUUUAAACUGGAUGUUGUUU